AUGUAUUUGUAGUAAUGAAGAAAAAGAAAACAAAUUUACUUCAAAAAAAGCAAAAGAUUAAUAAGAAUGACAUAAUGUUGCAUUUGUUUGGCAUAAAGCCUAAUCUACAAAUAUCUCAAAGUGCAAUAUCGCAAGUAUAUAAUCUAAUUGAUGAUGACAAUUGUGGUUUUCAAUUACUGGCUAUAGCAAUCUUUAAAAAAGAAGA